ACCUAUAGUAAACAGGGAGAGGCGACGAACGUAUCCCUGCGUGGUCACGAAUAUUAAUGUGGAUCCAGGCGGAAGCCGGCAGGUUCGCAUCUUUUUUCCACACCGUUUUUAUUUCAAAGGCAGCAGUGUGCGUUAUGUGGGUCUACUGCCCGAACAUCUCCCAGAAUUAACAAAAUUCCAUUAAAAUAAUAUUUAGCCCCCAACCCGUCAUCACCCCCCCCACCCCCGCCGACCUUCCUCUGUGGGAAAGACGAGUCGGCUAAGAGGAUAGCGAUUUCUGAACAGCACCAUGCGCCAAGAUUUUCGGGAGAGAAAAGCGCACGGUGGUCGUUCCUCCCUGGCAUCUUCGGACGCUUUACCAAUCAGCAUCCAAAAGAAAGGCGAAGAAGGAAAAAAACAUAUGUAAAAAGAAAGAGACGGAAGAAAACAGACGGUGCUUAGAAAACAACAGACAUCUUGUUUUCCCCUUCCUCUUCUUCAUGCCAUCUUCCCUCACUCCUCUCUCCGUUUUCUCCCUCUCCCUUUUACCCCUUCCUGCAUAAAUAUAUAUUUAUAUAUUUGCAAAGUGAAGCCGCUUCCUCUGCCUUUUGAUGUUGUGUGAGGAGUGUGCGCAGGCGCCCCCCACCUUGGAAUUACUGCACUGGUCAGAAUAAGUUGGAUCCUGUCUGUCUGUCUCUGUCUUUCUCUCUCCUGCUGCCUUCCCUUGAAAAAAAAACGAAAUCAUCUGAAAACUUAGGGAUGCUGAGAGUUCGGAAAAGGGGCUACUUUAGCGCUUUCUCGUUCCCUUUGCUAGUGGCGAUGGUCUGUGCACAAAGUGUCAAUGACCCCAGUAAUAUGUCAUUGGUAAAGGAGACGGUUGAUAGACUGCUGAAGGGCUAUGACAUCCGUUUGAGGCCAGAUUUUGGAGGUGACCCUGUGCGUGUUGGCAUGAACAUAGACAUUGCCAGUAUAGAUAUGGUUUCUGAAGUCAAUAUGGAUUACACUUUGACAAUGUACUUCCAGCAAGCUUGGCGGGACAAACGGCUAUCCUACUCAGAAAUACCUUUGAAUCUCACCUUGGACAACAGAGUGGCUGAUCAGCUCUGGGUUCCUGACACAUACUUCCUUAAUGAUAAAAAGUCUUUUGUGCAUGGUGUGACUGUAAAGAAUCGAAUGAUCCGCUUGCACCCAGAUGGCACAGUUUUAUAUGGUCUCAGAAUUACCACAACAGCUGCUUGCAUGAUGGACUUGCGAAGAUAUCCACUUGAUCAGCAGAACUGCACACUUGAAAUAGAGAGUUAUGGAUAUACAACAGAUGACAUUGAGUUCUACUGGCGUGGAGCUCCACGAGCAGUGACUGGGGUGGAGAAGAUUGAGUUGCCACAGUUUUCUAUCGUUGACUAUCACCUAAUUUCCAAGAAUGUUGUUUUCUCUACAGGUUCUUACCCCAGGCUUUCCCUCAGUUUCAAGCUUAAAAGAAAUAUCGGUUACUUCAUUCUGCAAACGUACAUGCCCUCCAUCUUGAUCACUAUCCUCUCUUGGGUGUCUUUCUGGAUUAAUUAUGAUGCAUCUGCUGCACGAGUUGCUUUAGGUAUCACUACGGUACUUACAAUGACUACAAUCAAUACCCAUCUGCGGGAGACACUUCCAAAGAUCCCUUAUGUUAAAGCCAUUGAUAUGUACUUGAUGUGCUGCUUUGUGUUUGUGUUUUUGGCCCUAUUGGAGUAUGCCCUGGUUAACUACAUAUUUUUUGGAAGAGGACCACAACGUCAAAAGAAGAUUGCAGAGAAAGCAGCAAAAGCCAACAAUGAAAAGACAAGAGCAGAAGCCAAGGACACCCAAAUGGAUCCACAUGAAAACAUUCUCCUGAGCACCCUUGAGAUUAAGAAUGAAAUGAGUGUUGCUGAGAUCACAAUGGGUAUCACUGAUCCCAGAAGUACCAUGAUGCCAUAUGACAGCUCUGGAAUUCAGUAUAGGAAGGCAGGAUUGUCGAGGCACAACUUUGGAAGGAGUGCCUUGGAAAGACACGUGGCCCAAAAGAAGAGCAGGCUAAGAAGGCGUGCUUCCCAGCUGAAAAUUAACAUUCCUGAUUUGACUGAUGUGAAUGCCAUUGAUAAAUGGUCACGGAUGAUAUUUCCUCUUGUUUUUGGAUUCUUCAAUGUGAUCUACUGGUUGUAUUAUGUGAAUUAA